CCCUUCAGGAGGAAGCGAUUAGUUUAAAGUCAUGAAUUGUUUUUGUGGUUUUUAGUCGUCCCAAAAUUUCUCUUUUGAGAAACUCUUUCGUGUGACACAGAUUUCGAAGUCUCGGGAGAAGACACACCUUUCCUGUCUCGUCAUGUCUAAACGAUUCUCCUCCCCAACCUAACAUCUAGUAAUCAUAGGCACAUACGUCAUUUAACUACCGGUUCAUUGGUAGAUGGAGGUGACCGGAGCAGAUAUAAGUUUUUCCCUCCAGCAUGGCCUGAUCCGGGACACAACAACAGUAAAUGCAUCUCAGUUAACACUGAAGACACUGAAGGAUAGAGCAUGUGAAUUUAUUAAUACUAAGUUUCCGGAUCACUCCUUGAACAAAUUAAAUGAAAGGUUGAUACUUUUUCGCCACGAUUACGAUUCGCCAAACAUUCUCCAGAUAAUCAACGCUGCUUCCGAAGUUACUCAGGACACCUUAGUGGAGAUCGUCAUGUCGGCUCACAAUCCAGUUGAUGAGGUGCAGAUCCGACCUCAUAUGCUGUAUGUUCACUCAUAUAAGACACCAACGUUUUGUGACUUUUGUGGGGAGAUGCUUUGGGGUUUGGUCAGACAAGGACUUAAGUGUGAAGGUUGUGGUCUAAAUUUUCAUAAACGCUGUGCCUAUAAGAUACCGAACAACUGUAGCUAUGCCAGACGUCGGCGCACUUCCAUACAGGCCAUGCCUCGUUCCCCCUCUGACUCCCUCAACUCACUCAUUAACCAGUCUUCUCUUGAGGGGGAUGGUCCGGUGGUAAGGGACAUGGCAUCUCUUGCUGUCAAAGGCCUACAUAUAUUGACUUCAACCACUUCCAGUCCAAACAUGAAGUCUGGUCGAUCGUCAUUCAGUGGAUCAGUUGGUAGACCUGCUUGGGUGGAGAAAGAACUGGCAGGGAGAAUCAAGGUUCCUCAUUCUUUUGCCCUUCAUAGUUACACUACACCAACUAUCUGUCAUUAUUGCAAGAAAUUGUUAAAAGGUCUCUUCAGACAAGGUGUUCAGUGCAAAGACUGCAAGUUCAAUGCACACAAAAAAUGUUCUGAACGAGUUCCCAAAGAUUGCACAGGAGAGGCACCUAAAAAGGAUGGCGUUGGUAGUGAUGACGGUGAUGUUGGUGUUGAAGGAGAUGGAUACUGGGAUGAUGAAAAUGAUAAUGAAGAAAAUCAGUUACCUGAUCUUGAUGGAGACAGCACAGAUGAUGAUCCUGUAAGACCAAGACCAAGCAGCCCUUCAGCAAGUAACAACAUUCCAUUGAUGAGAAUUGUACAGUCGGUUAAACACACAAAGAGACCUUCCAAGGUGCUCAAAGAAGGAUGGAUGGUUCAUUUUACCAACAAAGAUAGUAUGCGUAAAAGACAUUAUUGGCGAUUAGACACAAAAACCAUCACGUUAUAUCAAAAUGAGACUAGUACAAGAUAUCACAAAGAAAUUCAGCUCUCGGAGAUAUUGAAUAUUGAAACUGCUAAACAACCUCAGCCUGCAGAUUUAUCAAGAGGGGUCAUCCAUUGUUUUGAACUGCGUACGGCCAAUGUUGACUAUUUCAUAGGCGAAGAACCUAUUGCAAAGAAAGAAGGUUCUCCAAUGAUUAAUCCGCCUGAGACUGGUGUUGGACUUCAUUUGGCAAAAGUAUGGGAGAAUGAAAUUCGUAAAGCAUUAAUGCCAGUGACUGCACAAGCCAGUGCGACGCCUCCCCAUCAACAGCAUCAAGGAAUGGACAAAGAGGAAGCUACUUGUAAUGACAUCUCACAAAUAUACCAGAUAUUCCCAGAUGAAGUUUUAGGCUCUGGGCAGUUUGGAAUUGUAUAUGGAGGUGUGCACCGUAAGUCAUCACGUGCUGUAGCAAUUAAGGUGAUUGAUAAACUGCGGUUUCCUACAAAGCAAGAGGCAGCUCUCAAGAACGAAGUGGCAAUACUUCAGAAUCUUAGCAAUCCUGGUGUUGUCAACCUAGAAAGAAUGUUUGAAACACCUGAAAGAAUCUUUGUCGUUAUGGAGAAAUUAAAAGGAGAUAUGCUGGAGAUGAUUCUCUCGUCUGACAGAGGGAAACUUUCAGAAAGAAUCACUAAAUUCAUCAUAUAUCAGAUCUUGACAGCCCUGAAACACCUCCAUAGCAAGAACAUUGUACACUGUGAUUUAAAGCCGGAAAAUGUACUUCUGUCCUCAAGUAGUGACUUUCCACAAGUCAAACUGUGUGACUUUGGCUUUGCUCGUAUCAUUGGAGAAAAAUCAUUCCGUAGGUCUGUUGUUGGGACCCCUGCAUACUUAGCCCCAGAAGUUUUACGCAACAAAGGCUACAAUCGUUCCCUUGAUAUGUGGUCUGUUGGUGUCAUCACAUAUGUGUCUUUAUCUGGAACAUUCCCCUUCAACGAGGAUGAAGAUAUAAAUGAUCAGAUCCAGAAUGCAGCUUUUAUGUAUCCUCCAAACCCUUGGAAAGAAAUCACUCCAGAUGCUAUUGAUCUAAUAAAUAACCUUCUACAAGUGAAACAAAGAAAAAGAUUAACAGUUGAUAAGUCUUUAGCACAUGUGUGGCUCCAGGAUUACCAGUGUUGGUGUGAUUUAAGAGAACUUGAGAUGAAAGUUGGUGUUCGCUACAUUACUCAUGAAUCAGAUGAUGCUCGUUGGGCAUCAUAUCGAAGGCAAGAUGGUCAAGUGUCCCCUGUUUCUCCUGUUACAACUGAGGAUGAUGUUUUAGCAGCAUAAUAGAUAUGAUGGAAUCUUUCUUUUCUUAUGUGUCCUUGAAUUUACCUUUAUUGUGGAUAUGGGUUAUAGAAAACUAGUUGAGGGGGGUGGGGAAGAAGAAGGUUGACUGGGAGAGGGAAGCUGGAGUUUUAAGCAUGGUAAUGAGUUAGAAAUAUAAGCCAAAAUUGACUCCAUACUUUACAUUUUUAUAUCAUCCAUUAUUGUACCCUAGACAAGUGUCAAACUUACUUAUAUUUCUGAAGUUGUUACAAAAAAUAAUUUUAUAUGACGGCAAAUUCAGGUCUAAGGAAAAUGGAUAAAGUGAGAGCCUAAUACUGCAGUUUUAUGAAUAUUGGAUUUUUAUGCAUAUGAGAUUUGUAUGUAUAAGUUUAGGUAAUGAUGUGUUUAAUAAGUAGACGUAUUCCUAAGAUUGGUGCCAGGUUUUUAUUAGUAUAUGAUGUGCUCUCUUCAUCUAAUUUUUCCUUAUCAGAUAAUCUAACAAAUAAAAAUGGCAGUUAAUAUAUUUAUGUUAUAACUUUUGCUUCAUGUGCCUCUAGGAAAGUGAUUUAUCAUGAUUAAAAUGUAGUUUUUUAUUAGCUAUGGAUUUUUUGUACACCACAUAUCACAAUUUGACUUGUUUAAUUGCUCAGUAGGAAGAAAGGGGUAACUGGGUACAGUAACAACUAUUGCAUUCAUUUUAGGUCAGUACCACAAGUUUUUUUUUUUUUUUUCCUUUUUAUUGGCAAGGGAAUCUCGAGUCUUGUUUCUUAUUUCACAUUUAAUUGUGCAAAUUUUAGAAUAGCUUUAAAUCACUUUAUGAAAUGAAGAAUGUUUUGAAUGAUAAAAUGUAUUUGAAAGUUGAGUAUUUAAUAGUGUGUGUUCUUAGAUUUUAUUUCUGAUUUAGAUCUUUCUACACUUGAGCUCUGGUACAUCUUGAUAAACCUUGUUGUGAA